AUGUGGGACACGCUUGUGUUCACUGACUCACAUUACUCAGCCGUUCUCAGUGCGAUUUUCCUCCGAUCUAGAAGGUUUGCAGGUCGUAUUGACUUCCAUCCUAAAGGCCAUGGCACCCUUGCUGCAGAUUGGCAUCCUGGUCCUCUUCGCAAUCCUCAUCUUCGCUAUCAUUGGUUUGGAGUUCUACUCGGGGGUUUUUCACGUGACUUGCUUCAACGAAGCCGUCAAGUUGGAGCAUUCAACUGUCCGGCGGGCUUUACCUGCAAGGGUUACUGGGAAGGGCCAAAUUACGGGAUCACUAGUUUUGAUAAUAUCGGCUAUGCUAUGCUCACCGUGUUCCAGUGCAUCACCAUGGAAGGCUGGACAGACGUGCUCUAUAUGACCAAUCGAGCCUACGGUCCACGUUUUAACUGGAUCUAUUUCAUCCCUUUGAUUGUAAUUGGCGCCUUCCUUCUAAUCAACCUGGUGCUUGGUGUACUCAGCGGAGGAGAAGUGAUUUUGGCAGAAGAACAAACUUCCUUCGCGGAAAAACUUCGCAUCGUAAAAGGCGGUGCUUUGAAGUUCAUGCACCACGGCGGAAGUAGCCUCACAUUUCGGGACAAUACAAAACCAGGCAUGAACCAGACUACUGACUGCCGAUCGCUCCGUUAUUUCUUGCUUUGUUUACCCAUGGUAAAACAUAGAAACUUCCUUUUUCAACAACAACAAGCACGCAAACGGGCCGAAAAACUUCGUCGGCGGUCCAACGAUGCUGAGAAGCAGCAGGUUGCCAGUGAACUCGAAAGCUUUGAAGCAGACACACUGCUCAACGUUUUCCUUGCUAUCGCGGUCGAUAAUUUGGCAAAUGCGCAGGAACUGACAGCAGCCGAAGAAGAGGAGAAACGUCUCGCUGACCAGUUAGCAGAGGAAGAAAACAAAGCGGCCGGUAGUUCGGCUACCGGAGACAGUGAAAAUGCGGGCAAACCCGAGGAGACAAAAGAAGUCAACAAUCGCAGUGUUCGGCGAUUUUGUCAUUUUGUCGUCAAUCUCCGGUAUUUCGACUUGUUCAUCAUGAUUGUGAUUGCUUCAAGCAGCGUGGCACUGGCCGCGGAAGAUCCCGUGUCCGAGAACAGUGUCCGCAACUGUCUCCUGGAAUAUUUUGACCAUGCAUUCACCUGUGUGUUUGCAAUCGAAAUGUUGCUCAAGGCUGUGUUCGACUGUGUUGUCAGUUCGCUGAAAAAUGUGGUCAUUAUCCUCAUCGUCUAUCUGCUUUUCAUGUUCAUCUUCUCCGUGGUUGCAGUUCAGUUGUUUCAGGGGAAAUUUUUCUACUGCAAUGACCUUUCCAAACUGACAAAGGAAGAAUGCCAAGGCUACUAUUUCUCCUACGAAUCGGGGCCAGUCCCUGUGGUCAGACCUCGUGAAUGGGCCCUGCGAGACUUCAACUACGACAAUGUUAUCAAUGCAAUGCUCACACUAUACACUGUGACAACCGGUGAAGGCUGGCCUGGCAUUCUGAAAAACUCAAUGGAUGCCACCGAGGUGAAUUACGGACCGAUAGAUGACUAUCGACAACAGAUGGCUAUAUUCUACAUUAUAUUCUUCAUCGUCUUUCCGUUCUUCUUUGUCAAUAUCUUCGUCGCCCUUAUCAUCAUCACAUUUCAAGAACAAGGCGAGAACGAGCUGGUCGACCAUGAACUGGACAAAAACCAGUACUAUCGUCCAGACCAUACGGAAAUUGGCGCAACUACACCGGAUUUGGAAACACAAAAAUACCAGAAUUACUGCAGCACUCUGGUCUACUUAAAUACUGCCUUCACUGCCAUGUUCACAAUGGAGUGUUUACUCAAACUGAUUGCUUUCGGCCCAAAAAGCUAUUUUCGUGAUCGUUGGAACACCUUCGAUUUCAUCACUGUAGUCGGUAGCAUAACCGAUGUUUUGGUUUCUGAGUUGCAGGUUAGUGAAUGUUUUUUGCCUGUUUUCAGCUUGAUUCAAGUUGAUCUGGCUGUUGUGGACUCUUCUUUCCUUAGUCUUGGAUUUUUGCGACUGUUUCGAGCUGCCCGACUUAUCAAGCUCAUCCGUCAAGGCUACACCAUACGAAUUCUGCUUUGGACAUUCAUUCAGUCGUUCAAAGCUUUACCCUAUGUGUGCCUAUUACUACUGAUGCUGUUCUUCAUUUACGCUGUCGUUGGGAUGCAGGUCUUCGGUCAGAUUGCCAUCAACGAUGCUGAGGGACAAAUUACCAGCUACAACAAUUUUCACAGUUUCGUGUGUGCUGUUCUUUUGCUGUUCCGUUGUGCCACUGGCGAAUCCUGGCAAGAGGUGAUGCUCGGCUGCACCGAUGGUCAGGAGUGCGUGAACAAAUCUCAAUCUGGCUGUGGUAGCGCGAUCUCCUACGCCUACUUUGUUUCCUUCAAUUUUUUGUGCUCUUUUCUCAUGCUCAACCUGUUCGUAGCUGUCAUUAUGGACAAUUUUGACUACCUCACCAGAGAUUCAUCUAUCCUUGGCUCACACCAUUUAGACGAGUUCAUACGUGUUUGGGCAGAGUAUGACCCACAAGCCACUGGAAGAAUCCAUCAUACGGAUAUGUACGAAAUGUUGCGUAAACUAGAGCCCCCCGUCGGAUUUGGACAGAAUUGCCCCUAUCGCCUCGCCUAUCGAAAAUUGAUCCGAAUGAAUAUGCCGGUGGACAGCUUGGGGACGGUUCAUUUCACCACAACUUUAUUUGCCUUGGUCCGAGAAGCGCUUGGGAUCAAAAUGGCACCCGUCGAACUGAUGGACGUGAAGGAUAUGGAGCUGCGUGAGACAAUACGGACCCUGUGGCCAGUACAGGCCAAACGAAAGCUGGAUCUGUUGAUGCCUCAAGACUCAGAUGACCGAGCAGAAACAAUGAGCUUGGUUCUGAAUCUCGAGAAGAACCUUCCUUGCCACCCUGUUGAUCAGAUUGCUCAUGCCAUGCCAUCACAGGCCAAGUCCCUCGCAGUAAAACAGGGUAGACCGCAAAUAGUAAUUUCCCCCGCGGACACACCCCUCUCUACUUCUGCCGAACCCAAGGAAAAACAAUAUCAGGAUUCGGAUUCAAUAUCAGUGACCUCAACAGAAUACCUACAAAUGGCCAUGGGCAGUAGAACAAGUCCAGAACAUGAGCAGAGUGAAUCAGAUCAAGUCUAUUCGAACCUGGGUCCACCAAACAGGUUACCAACGGGUAAGCCCAAACUAACAUUCUACGCCCAACCACCGGAGACGGAAUCGAUGGAUGGCGGGGAUUCACAGGACUGGGAUCAGGAACAGGAACAGCGAGUUUUGAAUUUGGAGAACGGUCGAGGACAGUCUGUACUGCAGCGACGAAUUAAUUACGUCCAGCGAUGCGAAUCACCGCUAGAUUUUGCCUCUGCUGUCCACACGCUAGUCGGACAAGUGAACAUGUUGGCUGAAAAAAGUCGUGUGGACAAAUACCUGCGGCGACACUUCAAAGAUAUGGAUUGGGAUACUCUGUCUGCGCAUCGUGCUAGAUUACGUUCACGUCAGCGCGUCUUCAGCAACCUUGAUCUUCAGGCACCUGGGUACCAAAACGUGGUCAGCCCGAAAAAUUACCCAAGGAUGGGGCGAGCAAAGAGUCCUAAAUCGUACCUAUCAGCCAGUAAUACAAACCGGGUUGGAGCUAAUCCCUACUGGGCUGAAGAGCCUGAUGUAGCAAACCACCAGGUCGAGUCCGACGCGCUCAGUGACGCAUCCCAGUACUCGCAACCUCAGGUUCAAUCAUCUGGCUUCGGUGCUCAUAACUGGAUGAUUGCAAACCCGGACGACGGGGCAAGGAUGUAUACGGUAAACGAGCAUAUAACUCCAAGUGUUGGUCCUUCGUCAAGACGUGGUGAAACUCCAACAGUCUGCGUUGACUUGGCGCGAGAUGCAUUACCGCAUAAAGUCCAAAAUGAUUCAUUCAAAUUUCCUCAGUUGCUGCAAUCUCCAGGGGAAGAACUGCGACCUAGUAGGAUUGGACACAGUUCCUCUUGGACCUUUUACUCAACUCCGCCCCCGGAUCUACUAAAUUCUGACUGUCAGCAGCCAAAAAUCUAG